UCUUGUAAUGAUGGCGUCGUCUAGGAAGGAAGGGGUUGUUUCUGUUCCAAUUGGUAUAGAAUUACUACCGACUGUAGAAUGUAUAAAUAGGAAUAAAGCAUAUAAACUCUUCAUUAUGGUAUCUACUUUUUUAUGCUAUUCAUCAUAUCAUCUUUCAAGGAAACCCAUUAGUGUAGUUAAGAACGUUCUCCAUCACAAUUCAUCAAAUUCAUCAGGCUGGGCUCCAUUUGAUGAACCCGAUUAUAAAACACUGCUGGGAAGUUUGGAUUAUGCUUUUCUCUUCACUUAUGCCGUUGGAAUGUUUCUUAGUGGUCAUGUUGCUGAACGUGUCAAUCUUCGGUACUUUCUAUCCUGUGGUAUGCUACUCAGUGGUAUUUUAACAGCUGCCUUUGGAUUUGGUUAUUUCUUCAACAUCCAUUCUUUAACUUACUAUAUUUUUGUUCAGAUAUUCUGUGGUUUAUUUCAAGCAUCAGGAUGGCCCAGUGUUGUGACUUACAUGGGGAAUUGGUUUGGUAAAGGGAACCGUGGAUUGAUAAUGGGAAUAUGGAAUUCUCAUACAUCAGUAGGAAACAUUCUUGGUUCUGUUAUAGCUGGAGAAUUUGUUGAAACAAAUUGGGGAUGGUCUUUCGUUGCUCCUGGAAUAAUUAUUGGAGCCAUGGGUAUUUUUGCCUUUCUAUUUAUGAUUCACAGACCUGAAUUUGUUCAGUGUACUCCUCCAGAACAUGCAGAGAAAUCCCAAAACAAAUAUAUUCAGUAUUCAGAAACAGAGCCUUUGGUGGAAACAGAAGAGAUAUCCAGUGGCAAGGCCAUUAGUUUUUUUGAAGCCUUGAAAAUUCCUGGUGUUGUGGAAUUUUCACUUUGUCUAUUCUUUGCCAAAUUAAUCAGUUAUACAUUCCUCUACUGGCUACCUAACUUCAUCAAGAAUAAAACUCAUUUAAAUGCUCAGCGUGCUGCAAAUUUAUCAACCUUUUUUGACACAGGAGGUAUUAUUGGUGGUAUAUGUGCUGGAUUUCUCUCAGACAAAACUAAAUCCAGUGGAAUUAUAUGUAUGAUUAUGUCAGCAUUUGCAGCUCCACUACUCUAUAUUUACAAUGCAUAUGGUGCAGUGAAUUACACUUGGAAUAUUGUUUUGCUGAUAAUCUGUGGAGUGUUUGUGAAUGGACCAUAUGCUUUGAUCACAACAGCUGUAAGUGCAGAUUUAGGUACACACCAGUGUUUAGAAGGGAACACUCAGGCAAUAGCUACAGUUACAUCAAUUAUUGAUGGUACCGGCAGCAUGGGUGCUGCUCUGGGUCCAUUAUUAACAGGGAUCUUGUCACAACGGAACUGGAAUUAUGUCUUCUAUAUGCUCAUUGCUGCGGAUGCUUUCGCAUUCCUGUUACUAAUACGUGUCUCACUCAAGGAGAUAAUAGUUGCGAAGAGAAAGUGGACACAAAGAUAAAUACAUCCUUCAGAAUGGACCAUUGCUUCUUCUUUCUUUUUUUAACCUUUCCUUUUUUUUUUUUCUUUUAGCCACCUACUUAUUAAGAAACUCUAUUGUAUGUAAAUAAUGGUUCUUUAGACAUAUGAUAGAUUGGUUAGGAAGCAUAUGCUCUUUGAUUAUUCCAUAAACCAUACAUCAAGGUUUAUAUCUAACAUGAUCUAUUUUCUUUACAUAGAAUAUUUAGCCUUUUUAAAUGAGAAAUUGACCUUUAAUAAGAAAAUCUAAUCACAGAACCUAAUCUCUCUGUGAUUAGUUUUUGUGUAAUUCAAGUUGGAACAUUUGUCAUGUUUUGAUGUGUAAUGCUAUUUGGCUGUGUAAAAACUAUUUUGUUUCACUUUUUCACUUUACAAGAUUCUAUAUAUUCAAAUUCCUUUAAAGCGCAAUUGUAAUUUCUUAAAAGGUCAUUAAUUUUAGAAUUAUCAAACUUAUAUUUAAGAACUUUAUUUUCUGCCUUUUUUUUUUUUUAGCUUGUUUCAUUGUACAGCAUGUGCAGGUUUUAUUGCUAUAUUUUUAAUUCCUCAAAAGAAAUUUUGAUAUCUCAAGUGAACAAAAGAAUGUUUAUUGUCAGGCAUACUGUAAUAUUUAUCACGACAUUUGAUUCUUAUAUCCUGUACUUAUUGCUUAGUAUAUUAUUUGCUUCAUUGGCUGAUUUUGUCUGACUUGAGUUCAAGAUCUUUUCUUGUAACUUACAUAUAAUCCUCUCAUUACCCACACUAAUCCUUUUAAGAAUAUACUAAAUUCAGGUGUCUCAAUAGCUUCUGUUGCUAUACCCAACUAUAGUAAUUUCAAUCAGUAAAACCUACUGCUACUCAAACAGGAUUUUUUUCAUAUUCAUUCCUUGUGAGUCCCUCUCAGAAUAAGUCACACUUUUUGAACCAAUUUCAUUUGGUCACAUCUAUUACACUUUAUGUAAUUUGUAAAUUCUGACAAGAUCCCUUUACAGUUCAUUUGUAAUACCCAUAGCAUUGAACAUAUUAAAGGCUCUGUGCCUCAUCACUUUGAUUCUCUCUCUCUCACCCUCCCCCUAUAGAUUUGCUCUCCAGUUUUGAGGCAAAGUCUGCAAAAUUUGCUUAUAUAAUGAAUUUAUAAUUUUAUUUUUGUUGUUGAUUUUUAGAUCCUUUCUUCAUAUCAGUUGAGGACAAAUAGAUAGACACACGCACACACAUGUACAGGCAUAUAAGUAAAGAUCAAAUUUAUUAGGACUUGCUUAUCAGCAUGUACAACUUGAAGCCCCAGUUAAUUCCAUCUUCACAAUAAAAUUUUACUCUACUAUCAGUAAAUGCCUAGUUGCUAUUCUUAAAAGUACUUUAUAAUAACAUUAUUUUGACAUUUACACACAGUUUCCAUUUUUCCCACUCGUAAGGUAUUGGUUAAUGUAAGAUUAUGUUAGAGCACUGCUGGAGCACCGCCUUUAGUCGAGCAA